CUCAGAACACUAACACUAACACAGUCCACAGCGCUCAUUCAAUUAGUUUGAAGAUGUCAGCCUUUCUGUACAGUCUAUUGCUUCUGUCUUCUUUAGCCUUAAUCAAAGCUGUUGACCAGGUCAACAAUGGGAGUUGGCUGUUACUACUGCACAAUCAUGCGAAACAGAUCACACUCUUGGAUUUGGAAUCCAACCUGACACAAACAGUCGUUGCUACCAAUCAGACGAUUGUAACUUUCGACUACCAUCUUGCAAAAAACAUGUUAUUUUGGGCAACCAACAACCGGAUAUAUAGGUGCAGUCUGAAUAAGACACAGGACUCGCUGACGACACAGAUCGCCUACGCAGAGUCUGUAGCUGGUCUGUCUGUUGACUGGGUACACGACAGAGUGUACUGGACUGAUUCUGCAACUGGUCAGCUGGAGGUGGCAAAACUGACUGGCGAGUCCAGGCAGGUUCUGUACAGAGAGGGCAAACCAACUUCAGUUAUUGUUGAUCCAUUUACGAGCAAAGUUUUCUGGAUAGACGCUCACCCCCACCUGCCCAAGGUGCGGUACGCCUGGCUAGACGGCACUUAUCCUAGGCGAGGCAGGGUGUGGCAGGCAGCUCCGGUACUAUGGGAGGCAGACCGCCUGGCACCACAUGGGCCUCUGGCACUGGACAUACCACGGCAUCAACUCUACUUCACUCAGGUAGAGAGAUCUCAGACAACGGUGAUGGCAGCAGAUUACCGUGACAAGAAGAUCAAAGUCGUAUUAAACUGCUGGAGCAUGAGCCCAGCCAUGGUCCUGCUGGAGGAUAGGGUCUACUGGAGCAACAGUUCUGGAGUGUACUGGACUCCAGGUGGUAGCAAUGAGGUCAACACUAUCAGCAAACAGCUGAAAGACAUCAAACAAAUGAAGUUGGUGUCAUCUAAUCUUCAGCUCCCAGAUCAAGACAAGUGCGCGGAGAACAGAUGUGACCAGGAAUGCUAUGUUGUGGACGACGUUGCCAGCUGCGGCUGUCGAUUCGGAUACUCCCUGCUAUCAGACUUGACCUCUUGCCAGGAUAAUGGUUAUGCAGUGAUCUACAGUGGGGACUCCAUAUACAGAAUGACUUUAUCGCCAGAAGAUUCAGAGCCAUAUUCCAAAAUACAACUUCUCUAUCGCAAUCCUGCCACUCAAAUAUCCGCAGCUGCUGUCCAUGUUCGACUUGGUCUUAUUGUAUGGAGUGACUACUUAAACGGAAAAAUUUUCAGUGCCUCUGUAGACAAGCCUAUUGUCCCAAAGCUGAUAGCAAAGAGCAUGGCCAAGUCUCUGGCUGUGGAUUGGCUGCAGGAUCACCUCUACUGGACUGUGGACACGAGGAUACAUAUGAGUACGAUGGACGGUAGUAUGCAAGCAGUUGUGGCCGAGGACCCUGACAAACCCCUGAGUAUCGCUGUGGAUCCUGUAAACAGGCGAUUGUUCUGGUCAGUUUGCGGAUGGAGAAUGCUGAUUAUCAAUGCAUCACUGACAGGCUGGAACAGGUCAGAGAUGGUCACAAAGGAUAUUAGUUGUGCCACGAGUCUGUCUCUAGACAACAUCAACCAAAGGCUCCACUGGGUGGACCGCACACGUGGAGGUAGCUCCUCAGUAUACUAUGAUGGACUUACACGUCACAACCUGCACGAACCUCGUAUUCAGAGUCUGACUGUGUUCGAAGACAAAGAACUGUGGAUUGCUGAUCAUGAACAGGCUUUGUUCAUCAAUAAAAGCAGUUGGAUUACUCAAAUACGUCUUGGAUUUCAACCCCUUGGAGUGGUGGUGUUCAGUAGACGUGCACAACUGGGAGGACCGGACUACUGUCAGGAUUCUGCUUGUUCUGGGAUGUGUGUUCCAGGAAUAGAGACUGGCUCCUGGUCCUGUUUGUGUCCCAAGGGAAUGUUUCUAGAUGAGGAUAACAUAACCUGCCUCUCCAUCCAACAACAGGCACUAACAGGCUUUCCACAUAGUGGUGAUGCUAUGCAAGUCAUUGCCUACGACUCAAGCAGUGUGACCUUGGACUACGAUACUAUCCGCAGAGCUGAAAACUACAUCAUCACUCUCGAAGCUGUCUCCAGCUAUCAGUCAAGAGACUUGGAGUCAGAACGAAUGAAAAUCUCCACAAACACCUUCCCUGUCACAAUCAAUGGGCUGCAGCCAGCGACUACCUACUCGGUGGUAGUGGAAUCUCACCCUACCUACAUCGGUGUGUGGCGGAUUGUAGUUAGCACCUGUCCUCCACCGCUACAAGUUACAAGGCUACCUCAAGUCUACAAGCCCCCGAAGGUACCAGUCAGGUGGUUGGAGGACACACAACACGUCUACGAUAUCACGUACACUUGGGAGCCACUUGUCAGACAGUUCUAUCUACUGAUGUUCCUCCAGACGCAUGUGGUAGAGAUGGAUGAAGUACAUCUCAACAUCAGACCUAGAGUUCUGGUUAACAGGAUACAAGAGAGUCUGGCUGACCUGAAUGUAACUGAUAAGUUCUUUGUUAUCCAUCAUUACGAAAAUAAGGAGAUUUUUGACAGAGACACAGAGAUGUACUUGUACAACACUCCAUAUGAUAUUGAAUUCUUCCUAGCAAUGGUACAAGUCUCGCAAUACAGCGAGGCUUUUAGUGUCGACAUCGUCCUCUCAGAGAAAACUUUGAUUUCGUCUAGUUCAUGGAAAUGAGGGUAACAACUAGAGUGUGUUAAAUGAAAACAGAAAAGGAAGAUUUAUAAACUACAGGCAUAGUUAAAAAAAGUCAAGUUGUCAGAAAGAACACUGACUUCUUUAGCGUUUGUUGAGUCAACAAUUCUAGUGUGAUUGACUAUGGAGUAAUGCAAGGCAGCAUCCUUGGACCAAUCUUAUUUUUAAUUUAUAUUAACAAUAAUUCCAAAUCUAAUUGAAACAAAAAAUUUCUGUCUUUGCUGAUAAUAUAUUAGUUUUUCUUCAAGAACAUAAAUGUAAGUACGUGCAUAAAAGGCCUAUUUGUGUAAAACAAUAGAUAGCUACAACUUUGUAUUACACGUUUCCAAGUGAAACUUAUUAAAACACCUUAGGGAUAGUACAUAUUAUCGAUUAUUAAAGGAUUCAAAAUUAAAUAAUCUGAUAUAAUAUAUUCAAAACUGUGCUUGUAAGGGCAUAGUUAAAAGCACAUUAAGGGACAAUCUUUGAUAACCACUGGAAAUGUGGAUAUUGGUUAUUAGAAAAUAUACAUUCACCUAUACAACAUUGUGACUGAUAUAAUAGGUGGAAUCAUUAUUUAGUCUUGUUAUUGCUUGAGAGGAAGCUAUCAAAUCGUUACUGAAGUCCCUUAAAAAUGUUUAAAUAAAUUUAGAAAGUUGGAUUAAACAAAUCAACAAGUUUUCCAAUAAUGCACUUGUUUACAAUUCACUUGUCUUUUCCAUCCGCAUACAUUUCAUAAAACAUAUUUAAUUUAUAUUUAUACAAAUUUUAAGCUACCACCCACAAUGAGUAGGUACCCAAAACGCUAGAUAUGUUCAGAGUACAACGGUUUACAUAAAAAAGUCCAUAUUGACAACCAAUUCCUUAUUGUUAAAAUGUUGUACUGAAAUUUACAAGAAACAUAUGUAUUAUAUAUUAUUUUUGAUCUGCCUUCUUUAUCAUUUUAAACGUUUUGUGUCAUUAUUUUAUUUCGGCUUGGGUUUGACGAGAUCAAGGCUCUUGUAGUUGCAGAAUAUAAGAGAAUCUGAGCAAGGUCUCCUCCCCCCCUCCACCACCACACUCAGUAUUCGUACUGUAACCAUCUUUCUUUGAAUCAAAGUUGCUGUUGUGAGAAAAAUGAAUUGUGCAAUCUGCCUUGCAUUAUUUUAUUGCCAUUAGGUCCAUUUGAAAAUGUAUAUCUAUUAGUCUUUAUUAAUUUAUUUCUCAUCUUCAUUGUAUUUAAAACAAUGUAGUCUGUACUUUAUUUUCCAGUAGACAUGUUCAGUCAUAGAAAUGAAAAAUCUCAGUAUUUCUGUCAGUUUAUCUCAAGCCUACACAAAGGCAGCCUGCCCUUAAGAAGUAAGAUUAUUUCCACACAUUAAUGUUUAAUUCAAAAAUAUUUUUAGGUACUAUAAUAUUGUUGUAAAAUAAUUACUGUGUAUCAAAUCAUAUCCUAAGAUUUGUAUUAAGAUAUUUUGUAUAUGUAUGUGUAAAUAUAUUUAUGUGUGUGUAUGUAUGUGUA